UGAAGCUGGGCAUUCCCAGCACGGCAGAAUUACGCCACAAAACAAUCUCCAUUUCAACCCACGGGAUUUUAAUACCUUUCUACAUGUGCCAGAGUUAUCAACUUUAAUGGAAUCUAACGUUUUCGACGUUUGGAAAGACGACAGAAGCGUGCGAUCGUGAAGCAUCGAAGGGAUUUGCGGCACAGUCUUUGAGACUGCAGCCUGAAGGGGAAAAUGGCGGCCGCUCGUUUGAUUUUAUUUGUCUGUGCGCUAGUGAUUUGCCGAACUGAGACGACGGACUCGAAUAACGAAGACUCCGUUUCACGGAGGGAACAUCCUGGAAGACGAGUAAAUCGUUUAAAGACUGGCCAGAACGGUAUGAUCAACUUUAACAACCCCGAACUGUUGGAAGAACUCGUUUCAAAUGGUUAUCAAAACGGCGAUAACUUGCCGCUAUCGUUGUUGGAUUUAUACGAGCAAGAACAGCCGGAAAAUCCAAAAACAAUUAUGCGUGAUGCGUCGAUCCUUGCGGGAAAACUACGCGAUCUUGCAGACCGGGAAAUGGGUUACAGAGCAAUGCAGGCCAUUUAUGACUCGUUGUUGUACGUUGAUCGGGCUCCAAAUGAAGAACAACAGAUACAGCAGCUUGUGAGGCGGAUUCGCGCCAAAUUUAGUCAAUAUUUAAGAAUUUUAUCUAGCAGUAAAGCAUCAGUAGAAGAUUUAUAUAAAAAACACAGAAAUAGCGCCAUGACGAGCAGAAACGAUUGCUGCCAAUUGCCAAUAGAUGCCACCAAAUAUGAUGGUGUAUUUCAAAGCAAUAUUUCUAGGACUCAAGUUUGUGACAGAAUCUCGACUGUCACGCCGUCAGGAGUCUUUAAUCCCGGAAAAAAUCUUACACAAGUUUUAGCCAAUAAUUUACGAAGUUAUCCGUCAUUAAAAUGGCAGUAUUUUAGUUCAGAGGAAGGCAUCAAAACCAUUUUUCCUGCCACGUUGUUUAACAGCGCCCACUGCUCUAUGUCUUGUAGCAAAGAUAUUGAUCCAAGGAGCAGUGCCCUGUAUGCAUCAACUGUAAGGCCACAGAAGAAGCAUGUGGUUGUUGUGAUAGACAGGGGGUCUAUGGUCAGUGAUGAUUUACUGAAAAUUGCCAAAAAAGCUGCAGAGAUUGCGGUUGAGACAUUGUCCGAGAAAGAUAGGGUUGGUGUUCUCAGUAUUGCGUCCACUAUACAUACUUGCAAAGACGACUCAUGUUAUUUAGAACAAUUAGCGCCAUCAACGGUGGAAACAAAAAAACAACUGAAUAAAUUCAUUCAGGGAAUCAAAUCGGAUGAUGGAGCCACCAAUCAUACUCAGGCUAUUCUCCGAGCAUUCAAGUUAAUCAAGAAUUCUGUAAAGUUCCACAGUCAAGGCGGUAUAAAUUCAGAUGCAUUGAUAAUCCUUUACAUCAGUUCAGGACAUACAGCGGGAUCAGACGCAGUGAAGACGGUUAUGAACACGAUAGUAGAACAGAAUACUCUACUUAAUAAUAAAGUUAUUAUAAUGACAUACGCCCUGGUAGAAGAUGGGAAGACUGGUUUAGAUGAGUUGGCAUUCCUACGUGAUGUUGCUGAACAGAACAGUGACAAAUACGAGGUGAUACCAACCUUGCUGGACACACAGCCAAGAAAGAAGGGUAUUAUGACAGUAUUGAACAUCAUCAGUAAUCUUCCAUCCACCGUCGGUAGAUUCUACUCUAUUCUUCCCAAUAAUAUGAGCAGUGAACCCAUCUACACAUUGCCUUAUAUGGACCAGAUUGGCAAAGGAUUAGUGAUGACCAUCACUCAAGCCUGUUACUAUAACAACCGUCUCCUUGGUAUUGUUGGCAUUGAUCUCAAUAUGGGAGAUAUGCUGGAAGAUAUAACAUAUUUUGAAGAAGGAGAACUCUCUUAUGCGUUCAUGGUGGAUGACCAAGGUUACACAUUGAUGCAUCCAUCGUUACCAAGACCAACGUUCAUGAAAUCCCAACCGAUGCAUGCUGAUAUCAGCCAUUUUGAAAAUGUGGAUGGUUUUACAGAAAUCAGACAGUCUCUAGCAAGUUCUGGUGACUACAAGUUGUACUCCAACACCAUGAUGUUAUCUGCUGGGAGUUUUACGGCACCGUUUGAACACCUAAGCCAGGAAGAGACGAAGAGAAUGGUACAGCAUUACAUGGCAUAUCUAAAUGAUAAUACAAGACUUAUUGCUAAUCCCGGCCUUAAGCCUGCAAUAAAGAAUGAUGUGGCUGCCACUAGUGGAAUUGACAAACACUGGAAGAACCAAGUAGAAACCAGUGAUGUGAGAGACUUUAUUGUCAGAAGAUAUGUAGCAACUACAAAUGGUGUAUUUAGAUUGUAUAUCAGAGCAAUGGAAAACCCAGGGCAGGUGACCUUAUCUGCUCCCUAUCUAGACGUUGGUGGCGCUGGUUACAUUGUAACGCUGAGUCAUAGUGUGUAUGAAGGAAAAUCAGACCAACGUCAUACCUCAGCUGACCGUGUGGUUGCUACUAUGGGCAUAGAUUUUACAAUCAAAUAUUUUUACAAACUACUGAUGGAAAUUUUUCCAAUUUGUGUCGAACAGUAUAUAAGAUGUUUUAUAUUUGACGAUAAGGGUUACUUAAUUGCACAUCCUGGUUUGAUAGAACCAGCUGGUACUGGACCGUCUGAACAGACACAUAUAACACACAAAGAACCACUGGUUGCCAAUGAUAUCCUAAACCACCCUGGCUUUGUGCGCAAGAAACUCUGCAAUGGCUACAAUGAUCGUACUGUACAGCGAUAUUUCCAUUUCAACGCAUCCUUCCAUGGUAUACUUACCAAUCUCAAACAUGGUGAACACUGCUCUAAGUAUGAAAUCACACAGAUACCCGGUACAAACUCAUUUAUGGGAAUAGUGAACCAAACAUGUGAAGACUUCACUGCAUUUUGUCCUUGCAGUAUGGUGGAUCGUUUAUGUCUGAACUGUUAUCGCAUGGAACAGACGGAAUGCGAAUGUCCGUGUGAAUGCACGCUAGAAAUGGACCAGUGUAAUGGAAGUCUCAAGCAUCAUGAAGACAGGAACCCAAGCUGUCAGCUGGCUGUGGAACCCACCAAGUUUCCUGAAGUAGAUUUGGAAGCCACUAUAGAUUUACCACAAUGUUUUGAUCCAAAGUGUCAUGAAAGGAAAACGAAAAGUGAUUGUUUUGGAGUACUGGACUGUGAGUGGUGUGAAAUUGAAGCAGACGGCACGUCUUCAGUUACGACCCCGUACUGUGCUAGUCAAAGAGUCUGUUUUGGUGGCGUUAUCGGUGCAUCCACACCGUACGCUGAUCAGAUCAUAUUGUCAGAUGAGGCAAUGCCUGCGCUCAUACAGAGUGCCCCUGUAGGUCCAGUGGCAGGUGGUAUUAUGGGAUGUAUUCUCGUGCUGGGUCUAAUUAUGUACGUCUAUAGGCAGCAUGUACAGCGGCUAAGACGUGCAGAGUUUUCACACACACCAGAGACGUCUGUACGUAUGUCGCAAUUGGAUAAUGAGAGGGACCAUGAUGAAGACCCGCCAGAUGAACAAAGAACCGUUGGACACACAAAUAUCAUCAUAGCAACAAUAGAACACCCGCCUCAUUACGAACACAGACGACAGAGUGCCCGAAUGUGGCGGGGAGGUGGUGCCGAGAGUGAUCACGGCUACAGUACCAUGACGCCACACGAAGACAGCGAGUACAUAGAACCAGAGCCUCUUUCUGUGGAGAAAAAUCUCAUUGGCCCGCAGCCCACCAGCACUCCACAAACUGUGCUGCCAUCAACUUCAGGAGCAACUUGUCACCAACUGCAAGCACAGGUUCAAGUUCACAUGGUUGAUAUGUCAUGUUAGUGUGCUUCAAAACACCCCACCAAAUGGCUUGGAUGGAAAUGAUUCCUUGACUGGUUUACUUUUGCUCCUUAUUCUAACAUCAAACAAUUGAAAUACGUAGUGAAAGAGUGUAAUCGAACGAUUGAAAGGGCUAAAGUGGAAAGUAACUGAUGAACUAUAACCAGUCGAGACCAGUUUCAAGCAGUCUGAUCCACUUAAAUAUAUCACCUGGAUCAAACCAGUAAAAUCCAGCUCCUCCAGCCAUUCAUAUUUAUAUAAAAAAUAUACUUAAGAAAUUCCUAAUCCAAUGUAAAUAUUAUGAUAGUGUAUAUUGAGAAAAUAUUGAUAAUUUUUUAUACAGGGUAGAUUUUAAAAAAAAAGUUAGACGAUAGUUUAUUUUUUCGACUUAUUUAUGCAAUGUUACAUUGUGAUUGAAGAGCUCAGAAUGGAAAUGUUGUUUGGGAAAAAAUUCAUGACUUUAUUUUGUUGAUUUUUUUUUUUUUUUUUUCAAUUUUGUGUCAUGAAUUGAGUAUCAUGGUGCAUUGUUAUCUGUAAGGGUCUUUGCAUAAUACUGCAGUGAUCGGAUCUGCAGUUUGGGGUAUGGUUUUUAAAGAUAUUAUCAUGUUCCAUAUUCGGUGUUGUAUUUGUUUGGACCUGUUGUUUGUUCUCGCACAAAAUAUUUUAACAUGUACAGAAAAUGUCUACCAGAAGGGAUGUUUACGAGGAGAAGGAGGUUGUCAUAUGCUUCUUAGUAAUGCUGAUACAGCUCACACUGCAAAAUAAUAUUCUCUAUAACUCUUCUUAUAUUUGAAUCUGUGGAAACACUUUUUCAGGUGGAAAAAUUUUUCAAUUUCAAAAUUUUUUAUAGUACAGAUUUUAUGGCAUUUUUACUCAGAAACUGUUUUUAUCAUUGUCAUUUCUCUGUAAACAAAUUAUAUGCAUGCGUUUCUUGUGGCUGGAAGUAUGUAUCACCCAAAACUGCUUUAUUUCAGCGGCAUUGCAGCGUUAACUUCCAUAUUAAGGAUUUGGUCCUGCCGUCCGUGGAUUCACCAAUCAAUGUUCCUUCAGUGGUUUUAUAUUUUGCUGUAAGACCAUGACACUGGAAAGAAAAUACGAUUAACAUCUGGGAUCCAUCUACAAAUUUGUCUUUUGUGUUUUUGUUAUUGUUUUUAUUCUCAGGUGUUGCUAUUAAUUGUAAGAACCCCACCUAUUAUCUUCUGUUUACUUUUGAAUUGUAUAUACCAGUAAAGCAUUAUGGGUAAUAAAAUAAAUAGCCUAGCCAUGUUUCAACUCCAGAGGGCAAUCUGUUCUCUGCAAUAAAUGAAGUGAGCUAUGUUGUGAAUAUAUAUGUUUUUUUUGUAGAAAUCUUUGAUACUUUUCUCUUUGUUUGAUUUGUAGUCUUGUUUCUUUUUGUGGCCUUUGUUUGUAGGUAUUUUCAGCAUUUUGUACAAAAUAACUUCACAAACCAACAAAAAAUAUGAAGAUUGUCUUUGUUUUGUAAUAAAACAUUGUA